UUUUCAGUAUGUUGAGCCCUCUUCCACAAGUCGAUAUUUCUUUCGACAAACAGUCAGAGCCAUAUUACCCAGGUGACACUGUCAAAGGAACAGUUGUGCUAACCAACAAGACACCACUGGACGCUAGAUGUGUGACCAUCAAGUGCAGGGGGAAAUCGGAGACCUACUUGAUCAACUGGACGGAUUUGUAUUGCAAAAAGGAUUUGUUUCGCAAAUCUGAGAUGGUUUGGGUCUCGAAAGACGGACAGAACAAAAUGCCCGAAGGCGGCUACAUCUGGACAUUUGAAAUCAAGCUUCCAAUCGAUUGCCCACCAACUCAUGAAGGGUAUGCUGGUGGUACCAACUACAAGGUGAAGGUGGAAAUCGAUAGACCAUGGAAGUGUAAUAUUAGAGAGGAGAAAGAAAUUAUGGUGACUCGUAAACUUGACAUUGAGAAGAAGUGGGAUCAAGAUGGAUACACCUUUACCAGCAAUCUAAGAUCCGGAAUAUUUUCAUCCAAUGGGCCGAUUUCGUUGAAGGUUUCUGUUCCAACUCUUGUUUUUCGUCAAGGACAAACUGCUGAAUUCCAUUUUGAAGUGAAGAAUCACAGCUCCUCAACAAUCAACGAAAUCUUCAUCAAGUUCGGAAAACAAGUUCAUUAUCAUUCUCGUAACCAGCUGACUCCCUGUCGCAAGUUUGACUCGCAUUCGUGUCCACUCAGUGUAUACCAUCAAACCAACUCAAGCAACUGCAUUGGAGAAGCUACUGCUUUGAAGGUCAACGUUGCACCAUACUCCACCAAAUCUAUCAUACUGCCUUUCACAAUCCCCGAGGAAGCCAAAACUCCGAGCUUCUCUACCGGACUUGUAAAUUUCGGCUAUUUCAUGGAGUUUGGAAUUGUGACCAAGCUGAUUGUGCAACCAAGAAUGAGGGCGACAAUUUACGUGGGAGAAAUGCCAGUCGACAACGUCACUGGUAAAGAUGAUGAGAAGCUCAAAAAGAUAAAACAGAUUCUGGAAAGCAGUGGGGCUCCACCAGCUUAUAGCGAAUAAGACCACGAAUUCAAUGUGUUUGUAUUUUGGAACAUACAUAUAAUCUACCCCCUUCCAAUAAUCAUCCUAUUUAUAAAAAUUCUGCAUCAUUUUAAAAAUUAAUACUGUGAUCUCUCCUGUCUUAAUUGUGUAAUUAAUUUUGAACCAAUAAAUAACCAAACAACUAGUAAAUUAAUUAUUGAA